GCUCAGAUCGCCCCCCUGGCAUGUGGAGCAGACCGUGAACGACGGGUCGAUGGAUCUGCCUAUCAUUGUCCUGUGCUGGCUUGGUACCCCGGCAAUUCUCGGUUCUGUGACUCCUUCUUGCCAUCGGUUGGAUAAAAUGGUCUGCGGUGGAGGUCGGUCCGCUUCCAGUCUCAUUGGAGGAGUUAACUUCCCGCUUGGCCGGGAUAUUGGAUCUGAAAUUGAACAAAUCCAUUAAACUCAAAAUGACACACAGAAU